AUGUCUGCUUCUAACCGCCCCGAGGACGAGGUUGACGACGACCUCCUCGAUGCUGAGGAUGUGGGAGAAGAGGUCGCCGACGACGAUGACCUCACCAUGGACUCCGACAACGAGGAACUCAUCCUCCAUAACGACUCGAUUGCCUUCUUCGACCUGCCCCAAGACUCUCUCUUCACCAUUGCGCAACACCCAGUUCACCCUUCGCUCAUCGCCGUUGGCGGUUCUGCCGGUGAAGCCGACAAUGCGCCUGGAGCUGGCUGGCUCUUUGAUGCUUCCGCUGCCCAGUCGCGCCCUGUGCUCCCCGCGAGCUACGCCAGCGAUCCUUCUGCCCAGCCUCAGACAACCCAGCUCGAGAGCCUGUAUUCUCUACAGGGCCACACAGACUCCAUCAACGCCCUAGCCUGGACUCUUCCUCAGGGCGAGGUCCUUGUAAGUGCAGGCUUGGAUGGCAGGGUUAAAGCCUGGAAGACGGACGUUCAGCCCUCUACGGGCGUCAAGGUCACUCUCCUCGGAGAGGCGCAAGAGGUCGAAGAGAUCAACUGGGUUGCGCCCUGCCCUUCGCCUUCAAAUCCCAACACCAUCGCCCUCGGCGCCAACGACGGUUCCGUCUGGGUCUACACAAUUGAUCCCUCCGACUCCUCCAACCCCCUCCAGAUCGUCCAGUCCUAUUUCCUGCACACUGCUUCUUGCACAGCUGGAGCAUGGACACCCGAUGGCCAGCUUCUGGCGACCGUUUCCGAAGACGGCAGCUUAUACGUCUGGGAUGUGUGGGGGCUUGCUGCUGCACAGGGCCUUACCAACGACAACGGCAUGACAGCUGUGUCACUGACGGCCGAGGAUCAGCGAUUCGAGGUUGAGGGCGGUCUAUACUCCAUUGCCAUUGACCCCAAGGGCGCAUUCCUCGCUACCGGCGGUGCUGGCGGCGCUAUCAAGAUCGUCUCUCUUCCCCGUCUUACAGCUGCCGCGCCAGCGAGGUCAGCUCGAGGUGGCAAGUCUGCCGCCGACCCAACCACUGGUGGGCAGAUCCUGGCCUCACUUCACAGCCAGACCGACAGCGUCGAGACGAUUGCCCUGUCAGUUGCAUCAACGAACCCUCCCACUACUCUUCUGGCAGCCGGCUCUGUAGACGGCUCCAUCACCGUGUUCGACGCAACCCGUCGCUUUGCUAUCCGAAAGAACCUUGUCGGUGCUCAUGAGGAGCACUCCGUCGUCAAGGUUGAGUUUGUGCCCAACUCAUGGCUGCUCACAAGCUGCGGCAUGGACGGUGUCGUUCGACGAUGGGACUUGCGAGCCAGCGGCGCUACUGGCGGCGCCGAAGGAGGAAACUCUGGCUUGCUAAAGGAGUGGAGGGGCCACAGAGGCGACGGUGAGGGAGGCGGUGUUUUGGGUUUUGUGCAAGGACAAACUGGAGAGAGAUUGGUGACGGCUGGUGACGAUGGUGUUUCAUUGGUUUUCGAGGCCAGCCUCGCCAAUCACUAUCAGACCAGACCAACCCUCCCACCCGAGUUCGAAUCGUUUGCGAAGCAUCAUCGAGCCGAAUUUGCAUCUUCAAUUCCCGACCGGCGACUCCCAGAUCCCGAAUACGACACGCUCCUCCAGCAUCUCCUUCCAGCCGCCGAGUCGACGCCGCACGCCACAAUGUCCGAGGCAACCCUCAAGCCCGAGAAGGACUUCUCCAAGGAGGUUGACCAGCAGCUCCCAGAGGCUGAGAGCCUGGCCAAGACCAACCUCCAGGGCGCAAUCGAGAAGCUCGCCGCUCUUGAGAAGCAAACCCGCCAAGCCUCGGAUCUUGCCUCGACAUCCCGAAUCCUCGUGGCAAUUGUCACAUUAUGCAAAAAUGCCGGCGACUGGAGCUUAAUGAACGACCAAACGCUGGUCCUGUCGAAGAAGCACAGCCAGCUCAAGCAGGCCAUCACCAAGAUGGUCCAGACCGUUGUCGGAUUCCUCGAUGACACUCCCGAUCUAAAGACGAAGCUCUCCGUCAUCGAGACGCUGCGAACAGUCACUGAAGGAAAAAUCUUUGUCGAAGUCGAGCGCGCUCGUGUCACCAAGAUCCUCUCCGACAUCAAGAAGCAGCAGGGCGACGUCAAGGCAGCCACCGAGAUUCUGUGCGAGCUUCAGGUGGAAACAUUUGGCUCCAUGGACCGACGAGAGAAGACAGAGUUCAUCCUGGCCCAAGUUGCGCUCUGCAUUGAGAGUGGUGACUGGACACAGGCGGCCAUUCUGGGCCGAAAGAUCAGCACAAGGUACUUGGCGCGAAAGCCCAAGAAGACGGCCGAGCAGCUGGAAAAGGAACAGAAGGAGCGUGAGAAGAAGAAGGCCCGCGGAGAGGAGGUCCCAGAGGAAAAGGAGGAUGACACAACGGAUCUGAAGCUGCGCUACUAUGAGCAGCAGAUUACACUGGCGAAGCAUGAAGACAAAUACCUGGACGCAUGCAAGAACUACCGCCAGGUUCUUGAUACCGAGGCUGUCGAAGAAGACGCCGCCAAACUCCGCCCUGUUCUCCAACGCAUCAUCUACUUUGUAAUCCUUGCUCCCUACGACAACGAACAACACGACCUCCUUCAGCGCAUACACAGAGACUCCCGAAACUCUCAGGUUUCCGAGGAUGCUGAGCUUCUCCGGCUCUUUACAGUCCACGAGCUGAUGCGGUGGCCCGAAAUCGCCAAGAGGUUCGGCCCGCAUCUGUGCGGCACCGACGUCUUUGACGCUCAGCCCGGACAGUCUGCAGAUGAAAAGGCCAACCAGCGGUGGGAGGACUUGCGCAAGCGCGUUAUCGAGCACAACGUUCGGGUCAUUGCCAAGUACUACACUCGCAUCCAGUUGAGCCGCCUCACCGAGCUCCUUGACCUUGCGGAGGAUGAGACAGAAAAGUACAUUAGUGAAUUAGUCACCUCCAAGACUGUGUACGCCAAGAUCGACCGGCCGGCACGAAUCGUCAGCUUCGCCAAGCCUAGAGACGCAGACGAUGUCCUGAACGAGUGGAGCCACAACAUGAAGAGCUUGCUGGGGCUCUUGGAGAGGAUCGACCACCUCAUUACCAAGGAGGAGAUGAUGGCACGCAUCCAGCCAACGGGAUCUAAAUAG